AUGAAAUACGGGCAGAACUUCGAGAAGGAAUCAGUACCAGAAUGGGCUCUCCAUAACAUCGAUUACAACUCCCUGAAGCACUUCAUCAAGGCCAACACUACCAGGGACCAGGCCAAGGCAAUCACAAUACCCGGCCAACCCGACACCCACCUCGCCAAGGUCGAAGACGAGCUCUACAACGAACUAUGCGCCCAACAUGACAGCGCAGGACUCUUUGUCUCCGCAAAGGCCGACGAGAUAACACGCCGACUGCAACACCUCUCCAGCCAGGUUCAACGGCUCAUCGCACGAUGUAACGACGACCCCGAACGAAUGCCUCGCAAAAGGCAACGCAGAUUCGUCAGGCUUGAGCGCGAUGUUCUCAAGUGCGGCAACGACAUACAGGACCUUCAACGCUUCGUCAACGCACAGUCCAUUGCUUUUAGAAAGAUCCUUAAGAAAUAUAGGAAAUGGACGGGCGCGAGCACCUUAGGCAACCGAUUCAGAGAUGAUGUCCUGAACCAGCCCAAGAGUUUUACUCGGAGGGACUUCCAUCCCCUGCAACAGGCUUAUACCGAAUUGCUAUCCACCAUCCAAGCAUCGUCACCUGCGCAGAGUUACCCUCAAUCUCCUAGCACUGACGACGGCUCCUCAGUUUCCGGCUUACCAGAUAACCCACGGCAGUCCUUGCGGCGAGUGACGAUCCACGCCGGGCCACCUGAAACUCGUACGUUUAGUUAUCCGACCCAGCAAGCCGGGUACUGGAACGAAUAUGAAAAUGGGAGCGAGAACGGAGACGCGGGCGAUGAAUACGUACUAUAUAUAAACCCUGAUGAGGAAACCGACUACGGCGCAGACCUGAAGGCUCUGGUCAAUGCCAUCGCCGCGCCAUUUUCUAAAGCCCGCUCGUGGGUCAGAGUCCGCGGGCAGGAGCGCCAAUCACUCCUGAGCAGACACGCCAGCGACAUCAGCUACGGCGCGACCGACGACAAUAACUCCCCGACCAGGGAUGGCUACUUCGCAAAUCACCCAGCUCGGCAGCUCCAGAGCAGUGGGAGUGACUCUCAUACUGCAGUCGCGACCGACGGGGACGACGACGCCGAUCUCGACCUCGAGGGGGAUAUUGGCUAUGCAAGCUCCGAGGAGUUCCCUGCCGGAUACGAAACCCACUGGGCGACGCUCCCAUCAGUCAGCGACCAGCGCAUGGCUAUGUACAAGGACCGGGUUAUGUUCUUGGUGACGAGCGGCCUGUACGCCAUGUCCUUCCUGCUGCUAGGCAUCUCAACUGUCCUGAUGCUCACAGGGCGGCACAAGCUGCGGGUUGAGGUCGAUGCCGGCGUGACGAUAGGCAGCGUCGUAUCGCUAGGCUGUGCGUGCACCGCGCUGGCCCUAACCAUGGCACGGUGGGACUCGUUGGGCAUCGCCAACAAGGCCGUCGUCUCGGUCACGUUCGCGUCGUGUUGUGUCCUCAACGGGAUGCUGCUCAUUCUAGUCAUGGGAAAUUCUUCUCUGUGA